AUGGCCAUCCUCGACAGAUACCCGCGCGGUGUCGCGCCGACCAGCCAGAGCACCUUCUUGGGCCUCACCACGAAGCAAUGGUCGCUGACCACGUUGGUCUUGCAAAAUUCCGCCCUGAUCUUGAUCAUGCACUACUCUCGCGUUAUGCCCCCGUCUGGCGACCACCGGUACUUUACCUCGACCGCCGUAUUUCUCAACGAGGUCAUAAAGUUCGCCGUCUCUCUCUCCCUCGCCAUCUACGAAACUUCCAAGACACUCGCCCCCACCACCCCCGCCACGGUCCUCUUCGAGCAGAUCUACAACACCGUUUUUGCCGGCGAUGGCUGGAAGCUCAUCCUUAUUGCUGCUUUCUUUACACUCCAGAACCUGUUGCAAUACGUUGCCGUGGGUAACCUCGACGCCGUUCACUUCCAGAUUCUCUACCAGCUCAAAAUCCUCAUUACUGCCCUUUUCAGCGUCAAACUUCUCCGCCGACAUCUGAGUCCUAAGCGCUGGUUCGCCCUCGUCAUCCUCACCCUUGGCGUUUGCAUUGUCUCCAUGCCUCAAUCCGACUCCUCCUCUCCGGGACCCUCUCCCAUUAUUCACGAUAUGACGGACCACUUCUUCCCCCGGUCCCUCCAUGAACUCGGUCACGCCCCCGUUGACUUUGCUUCUGGAGGUAGCCUCUCUAAGCGCUCCGCUACCUAUCAAGGCAUCGACCAUGACCUACCACCUCCCGACCCCCUGAUGGACUACUCUGUCGGACUGAGCUCUGUCUUGGUUGCCGCCUCUGUUUCUGGUCUCACCGGCGUCUACUUUGAGAAACUGCUCAAGGAGAGCCCCACCCAGGCCAGUGUCUGGAUCCGCAAUGUUCAGCUGAGCUUCUACUCUCUUUUUGCGGCGCUCCUAGGCGGUGUUAUCUGGCAAGACGGAAGCGGCAUUAGAGAGCAUGGCUUCUUUGAGGGUUACAACUGGGUCGUGUGGAGUGCUGUGAUCCUCCAAGCUGCCGGCGGCCUGAUUGGCAGCGUAGUCAUUCGCGAUGCCGACAAUAUUGUCAAGAGCUUUGCGACAGGUAUCAGCAUUGUCGUCAGUUUCUUAAUCAGCGUCUUCGUUUUCAACUUCGAGGUUACUUUUACGUUCAUCCUCGGCACCUCACUCGUCCUCUUGUCCACAUACAUCUACGGUAGCUCGGAUCGUAGUAUCCACCGCCCCGCCCCUAUCAAGAUCGCCAAAUUUGAGAAGCCCACCAUCGAGCGAGUAUACACUCCUCGUGGAACUUCUGGGACUCGCAUGACCCUCGCGCCUUUCGACGGCAAUGUUGGCGUAACCAGCAGCCGGCCCAACAGCCCGAUGCUUCCCCGGCAACCUAGCCGGACCAACAUCAAGAGGGAUGAUUGA